AUACCAAGUCAGAGGUUGAAGAGCACACCAUUGAAGCUUGUAAAACUAAGUGUGUUUCAACAAGCAGUUAGACAAAGACAUGAGAUCCAUCUCUGCCUUCUUCGUUCUCUUCUCCCUUCUCUUGGUGUUGAGCCCUACUGAUGGAAGAAAAGAGGCAGCAGACUAUUGGAAGAGCAUAAUGAAAGAGGAACCCAUGCCUAAGGCAAUCCAAGACCUUGUUGGCGGUGAUCCGUCGUCUUUCUCCAACGAAAACACCAUCAAGGGGCACACAGAACUUUCGGAGAGCAAAUUCACGAAGGAUUUCGAUACCACUCCGAUCAAUAUAUUAUAUCACAGCCAUGAUCAUCACGAUCACCCUAAAGAAGUGAAGCCUUUUGUUAAUUAGGUUCAAGCUAGCUAGUAUGGUUCAGAUGGCUAGCUAAGCUCUUGGUUGUACCUUUGAUCUCUUAUUAGUGAGUUUGUGCUUAAAUUGGAACCUUUUGUGUGUUAGUCAUCUAUGAAAUCAAGACUAUGAAAUCUUAUUCUAGUUAAAAAUAAAUUUGCAUUCAGUCCUC